AUGCGCACUCGCCGCCAAUCGCUGCGGGACGAACUGCACCAGGAGUCACUAGACAACGACCGUGCGUCGUCAACGGCUUCGCUCCCCAUGUCGGCAUCCCGACGUUCACGGCCUCCUCCACCGCCACCACCACCUUCGUCCCGAAUGGUGGCGGAUGCUGCACCGACCAACCCGACCGGUGCCAAUCCUCCAGGAGCCGCAAGCUGCGGACGCGACAACAACAACAACAACGACCCUGCCGAUGCCCCACCGAUACAGAUACCACCCGUCGAGACGCAGCAGGCACCGCGGACGCAAUCAACUUUACCGCAAUCGCAAAAGGCAGGCCUCCAACAACCCAUUGUUGCAACCACUCCUGCGACCAUUCCUGCUCGGACCUGGAUUCUGAAAUUGCGCGUCCCCUCCCUACACCAGCAACAGCAGCAGCAGCAGCCAAAACACUCGCCACCAGCUCCACGGGGUCAGAAUGCGCAUCCAACGCCAUCGUCGCUACCUCCCGUUCUGCAAAUUCACGUGUCACCCACAAUGACGAGUGCAACCUUGGCUUCGUGCAUUCAACAGGCUACCACACACCAUUCCUACUUUUUGGGGGACCCACCGGUGGGAUUGUUUGACGUGGCCUCUGGCGUCUUUGUCAGUCUCGAUUACUUGUUGGCGGCUACAGCGACGUCAACAGCGGUUCCGAACAGGGAAAGUAUGGAAGAUAAGGAGCGAGAUUUGAUCCAGAACAGCACGUACACCUUGUAUUGGGCACCGCCGCCACCCCCUCCGAUUCACAUUCCGUGUGUCUCUACAGCAGUCUACCGCUGGACCAUUGAACUGCCCUUGCAGGAGUUAUACCGCCAUGGCCCCUGGAUGGUCGGUUGGGAGGGCGAAUCGCUUCCUCGCAUUUGCGCCCGCAUUACCUAUCACGGCGACGCUGCCUUUUGGAGCCGCAAUCUAGAAGAAUGCGAGCGCAUCUACGAUGCCAAAGAAGAAGCUUUCUUGCGCAUUGCCCGGCCAUCCGUCUACAUUGUGUUGGUGGUGCUCGUCAUGUUGUUCGCACGGUGGCUGGUGGCGGAGGCCUUGCACGUUUGGGCCGACCGAGACCGCCGACGCGCGGCAGCGUACCGACAAAGGCACCACGGUAUGGAUGCUGACAUGAUGGAGACUUACCGGGCGUGGCAAACCUUGAUGCGGCAAGUACAGCGCGCGGUCACGCCACCGCACAAAUCAGAGUCUGUACCACCCGCACAGCAAGCCGAACAAUCUUCCGGUAGAACUCGAUAG